UCCACUUCGUCUGCCUGCCGUCGUAUUUCUAAUGCCCGUUUCCCGUUUCCUCUGAUUACCUCUUGUACGGAGACGCUGUCCGCCAUGGAGAACCGUUACCGUGACAAUCCACCGACGGAGCAGGGGCUUGUCGACAUGUCUACCCAUUACAUCAAGGGAGGACAAACACGCGGGAAGGGCAGAAAAGUAUCGCGUCGCUCGAGUAGUGAAACAGACUCCGAGCCGGACUCGCCGGACCAGUUGGAUCUGCUCUCUUCACCCAGUCGAGGAGACGAUGACGAUUCAUUAUGCAAAGAUAAAAUGUUGAAGCAAUUGCGGUUCAAGAAGACGAAGUCUCAGGGGAGUGAGGAUGGCCCCUCGAAGGAGAACCGUUCGUCUAUUGCCGAAGACGUGUUUGGUGCAGAAAUGCCACAGAAGAAGACCUACAGUCGUGCAGGUGGCAGAGCGAAAGCGUCAUCCUCUCAGUCUACUCGUCGUGGUGCCCCUAUGCACCGCGUUACAUCUCCAACAAUCGAAAUUCCUUCGGAUAGCGACAACAAGGAACCUCCCACGCGUCCCACGCGUCCACCACGGCCAUUUCCCGGUCCUUCCAGAACUGAAAGGUCUCAUAGCCGCGAGGCCAGGUCUUCGCAGGAAAGCGGCGCGUCGCCUGUCUCUAAACCGAAAGCAAAGAGGAUGAAACCGCAGCCACAGAGUUAUCCUGCACUUUCCCCUCUCCAUACUCCUAAGAAGAUUCAGCCUAAGUCUCCAUCUCCAAAGUCGAAGACUAUUCAGCGCCAACCAUUUCCAAGUGUUCCUCCUCUCUCCUCUCCUGUGACUUCAAAGAGUACCUUGAACCUUCCCUCGCCAUUGAGUACGCCUACCAACAAGAAGCCGACCAGGCUAAGACAAUUAUCGGCGCUACCUCUACCGUCCCCCUUGAACUCUCAACAAUCGACUAUCACCGUCAAGGGGAAGGGAAGGGUUGCCAGUCAACCGACCAAAGGGAAGAGCCAAGGAAAAGAUGUUAUCAAGUCGAAGAGCUGGAGGGUCGUCUCUUCUGAAGAAGAAGGAGAAAAUUGUGUUGAUGAAACAAAGCCCACUCGACGACCGCAACCGUUUCCUGUCGCUUUCAGCCCCCAAUUGACACCACGGGCACCUAAGCGCUCUUCCGAUGGCCUGGAGAGUGGCGAAGAUAAAUCACGGAAGAAACGAAGAGAGCAUAUCCUAAAAACACCUCCUGACGCUGACUCAGAUGAAGAAGACGACUCCGCGGCUGAUAACGCCAUCUUUCUGGAUCCUUCCAUCGACCCUAAGACGCUCUGUCCUUAUUGCGAUACGCGUCUUCCUGAUCGCCCGACACCCCUUUUGAGCCGACUUCUCGCUAAUAUAGCGAAAAAGUCCCGGCCUAGCCCUCGUCCAACGAAUCCCUUGGGCCGAAAAGCGCCAUUAGAGGCCUUUAUCGCCCUAUGCCAGCGUCACCGCUUUGAAAGCGUCACUCUGCCAGAGGCAGAACGCAACGGAUGGCCAAAGGAAAUCGCUUGGGAGAAAUUAGAGGGCCGAGUACACAAGAUGAAGCGUGAAUUGAAUACAUUGAUUUCGGAUCCAAUCGCCCGCAGUAGCAGUGUUUUUUGGACGGAGAUCAUGGAAGAAGUCAAGGCGAAAGGUUCGCGCGCUGUUGGCGGGGUGAAAAAUCAGUUCGCUACCUUUGAGAAAACUCAGCCUGGAUAUUAUGGGGAACAGGGAUCCGUUAUUAUACAUCAAACCUUGUUCAACCUAUUCCCGCCUGCAUCCAUUCACCCCGACCAGGUAACACCCUUGACGCCCAACGAGUUUACACAGCGAAUCCUCGUUCCUGAGGUUGCGGUGCGAUUAAUCCGCCAGGACAUGGAUGUUUCACCAUCGAAAGCCCUGAAAAUCCUCCGUGAGAGUUCCAGUUACGGCGUGGCUAUGUUCCCUGAAGAUGACAGUGGUUGGGGAGAAAAGAAGGACGAUGAUGUUAUGGGCGUCGCAGAUCUGAUGGUGAUGGCGCGUGCAAGAAAGAGGCGGAUUGAGCUGGAGCAGGAAGAAAGAGAGGAGGAGGAAAUGUUGAAGAGGAAGCAGGAAGCAGAAAUCGUAGACGUGGAUCCUGCCCCGCCGUCCAGACCGAAACCCAAGCCCAUUCGUAAACACAAACCCCAAACCUCGACGGACUCUACCAGCGAAAGCGGGGUCGUCUCUGAAUCGGAAGAAUUGGAGAUUGGGGAUUUUGUUCUGGGAUCAGAUGACCCCGAGCCCGAACCGCAAAUAACUCCUCCGCCUACAACGCUUUCGGACACCGACGACGACGGCGGUAUUAUAACUGUCGACGAGGAUAUCAGGCCCUCGUCUCACGUUGACAUCGACCUUACUCGGGAUUCACGUUCCCGCAGCCGUUCUACUUCGGACGUUGAGAGUUCUACCUCUAGGAGCAGCACUGGGACGCGUAGAUCAAGGGCCCAUCGGCGUCUACGCGGCGGUGAUCCCCCCUCGGAUGCAGAAUCAACGGCGUCGAAGCAGCUGGCCAAGUACAAAUCCGGGAAACGGGAUAUUAGCGAGGAAGCACAGCCGCCUCGGGCCCCCGUAAGGGUAGAUGAUGCUGAGACACUACGCCCUGUUUCUCCCACGUACCCUCUUCUGGUCGCACGCGAAUUGAAACGGCGAGCAGGGAAGUAAGCGACUGUGCUUCUUCAUUCUGCCCGUGUCUGACCUGAACACCUCAUGGACAGCGCUAAGCCCGCGAGAGAAGGUUUUGAAUGGCUGCUAAACUGAAUUCUCCUAGCUCUCUAAGUUAAUCAUUCUGUAUAUUGCUGUAUUGAUGAUGCUAAUGUUACAUCACACUUUUAGAGUAUUACUGCUUGUUUGUUGCUUAACGACGUGUCUUAAAUCAAAUUUGACGAGAUUCCUCCAUCUUGGACCUGCU